GUCAGCCAGUGCAGCCCAAGUUGCGGAAAGAAGUCUCGUCAACGUAUGUAUACUUUCACCCAAUAACAACAAUGGAGAUAAUUCCGGAGGUUAAAGCCUGCGAGUCGUGUGCGAAAUCUAAACGGAAAUGCGGAAAAGAGAGCCCACGAUGUCACCGCUGCACGUCUCGGGACCUCGAGUGCAUCUAUCCACUCCCCACCAGGCCCAGCUCGUUCGUCCGCUUCCAGGACGCUCCUAGCUCGGCUGUAAACUCUACAUCCAUACCCAUGGUCCCGGCGGAGAGGGCCGCAUCGAUACCUAUGGCUCCCGCUGAGAUCGGAAGGCCGCCGCCCGACAUGUGGGACCCUACCAUGGCGCUGUUCACAUUCACCACGACCUCCUCUCAUUACAGUGCAUCCCACACGCCCAAUACGAGGCUCGACGUUGCGCGGCCCUCGACGCUGCUGUCCGCCCCUCGUAGUGUCAACAACCCACCUGCGAAGCAGCUCAGCACGGACUGGUUCAUGUCCCCAGAAUCAUGGAAGAUGGAGUACAUCAUGCCAGGCCCCGGGGACCAGGGCGAGAUGCCACCGUCCCCAUACAGCCGCCAGGCCCUGAAGGCCUUCCUCACCACGGGGCAGGGCUGGCUGGCGGACUGGAUCUCGACGGGGGGCACGACGUUCAUCCACAAGCAGCUGUACUCGUUUAAACUCCCGCGGUGCGUGCAAGACGCCUACACGGCGGUGGCGCUCUACCUCCUGAGGACGGACGAGAACGAGGACAUGGUCCACCGCAUCAUCGAGGACCGGUCGAGCCAGCUCCUCGCCGACGAGGAGCGGCACAGGAUGUCCAGCAGCCUCGACCCCUUCGGCCACCUCGCCCGCGUCCACGCCCUGCUCGCGUACCAGAUCAUCUGCCUCCUCGACGGCGACAUCCACCUCCGCGGGCUCGCCGAGCAACGGACGACGGUCAUGGAGUCGUGGCUCAAGCAGAUGCUCGACAGCGUCUCGUUUGCCUCGCAGCUCACGUCGGCCUCCGGCGCGGAGGGGGCGAUGACGGCCGCCAGGGGGCUGGGCCUCGGCAUAGUGGACAUAAUGGACGCCGCAUCGUCAGCGUCGGCGUCGGCGUCGGCACCGGCCGCCGCCUCGCCCGCCACCACCACCACCACCCCGCGGACGGCGCCGCAGUGCUUCCACCCCAGCUCGCAGGAGGAGGUGCUCUGGCACACGUGGAUCUUUGCCGAGUCGGUGCGGCGGACGUGGAUCUUCGCGCAGGGCCUGCACGUCGUGUACACAGUCAUGCUCCAGGGCUGCGCCACGUGCUGCGGCUCCAUAAAGUUCACCACGGCGGCCGAGGUGUGGGACGCGCCGUCGAGCUACGCGUGGAGCAAGAUUUGUGCGGAGAAGGACGUGGCGCUUACCGAGCCGGAGGAGGUCGAGAGCUUCCUGGCGCGUAGGAGGCCUGAGGAGGUUGAUGGUUUUACAACGUCCUUGUUACAGAUCAUGUUUGGGAAGGCGAAGAUGGAGCGGUGGGCAGAUGCGAGGACGCCGGUCGCUGCAUGAGGUUUGUGGUGGAAUUUGUUCGGCUUAGAUCUUAUGCCCCAGGGCGGCAGCUUUUCAGUUUUCCUAUUUUACACAGCGGGCAUUCCGGUAUUGUUACAAGGCUCCUUCCAAUAUCCCGUAGAUUCCCCGGCCUUGCACCUGGAGAGCCGGAGCGAGUUCUUCAGUCCGAUAUCAAGACGCCUCCAGUGUAUUUUCUGC